AUGUCGAACCUAGCUUCUAUUGCACAGACCCAAUUUGGUCACCUAGAUGCAAACUUGGGCCAAUUCAAAGUUUUCCAGCAGUUGGAACAACAAACCAAGAUUCCAAGAACCUACUGGACUCUAUCGCUGACUAUCGGUUACUUGUUGCUGACUUUUUUCAACGUCGGUGGCCUCGGUGAAAUAUUGUCCAACUUCUUAGGGUUUGUAAUCCCAACGUUGUACUCUAUUAAAGCGUUGAAGACAAAGACUAAGGAUGACGACUCCGUGUUGUUGGCGUACUGGAUUGUGUUCGGCUUCAUGAACGUCAUUGAAUUCUGGUCCGGUGCAAUCUUGUACUUGGUUCCCUUUUACUGGUUCAUCAAAGUUCUGUUCUUGAUCUACAUCGGGAUCCCAGCUACAGGCGGUGCUGUUUUCGUCUAUGGCAAAUUGAUCGAACCAGUGUAUGACCAAUGUUUCUCCAAGAUUUCCGUGAACAAGAAGGACGGCGUGAAGGAAUCAGUCGAAAACACUGGUAAGAAGGUCUCCAGCGGUUUCUCCAGCGGCACCUCCCAACAUUGA